UUUUACAACAUCUAGAUUACUUAAUAGAUCUACCAUAGCUCUAUCACAACACAUACUAGAUCUACAACAACCUACUAGAUCUAUCACAACACCUGCGAGAUCUACUGCUAGAUUGAUACUAGAUUUAUAG